CCCCAUUCUCACGCUUUCUAUCACCCCGCCUCAAUCUCCCGCUUUUCAUCCCCAUUCUCCCGCUUUCCAUCACCCCGCCCCAUUCUCCUGCUUUCCAUCACCCCGCCCCAUUCUCCCUCUUUCCAUCACCCCGCCCCAUUCUCCCUCCUUCCAUCACCCCGCCACAUUCUCCCUCCUUCCAUCACCCCGCCCCAUUCUCCCUCCUUCCAUCACCCUGCCCCAUUCUCCCGCUUUCCAUCACCCCGCCCCAUUCUCCCGCUUUCCAUCACCCCGCCCUAUUCUCCCUCCUUCCAUCACCCCGCCCCAUCCUCCCUCCUUCCAUCACCUUGCCCCAUUCUUUCGCUUUCUAUCACCCCGCCCCAUUCUUCUGCUUUCCAUCACCCAGCCCCAUUCUCCCGCUUUCCAUCACCCCGCCCCAUUCUCCCUCCUUCCAUCACCCCGCCCCAUUCUCCCUCCUUCCAUCACCCCGCCCCAUUCUCCCGCUUUCCAUCACCCCGCCGCAUUCUCCUGCUUUCCAUCACCCCGCCCCAUUCUCCCUCCUUCCAUCACCCCGCCCCAUUCUCCCUCCUUCCAUCACCUUGCCCCAUUCUCCCGCUUUCCAUCACCCCGCCCCAUUCUCCUGCUUUCCAUCACCCCGCCCCAUUCUCCCGCUUUCCAUCACCCCGCCCAAUUCUCCCUCCUUCCAUCACCCCGCCCCAUUCUCCCUCCUUCCAUCACCCCGCCCCAUUCUCCCGCUUUCCACCACCCCGCCCCAUUCUCCUGCUUUGCAUCACCCCGCCCCAUUCUCCCGCCUUUCAUCACCCCGCCCCAUUCUCCCUCCUUCCAUCACCCUGCCCCCUUCUCCCUCCUUCCAUAGCCCCGCCCCAUUCUCCCGCUUUCCAUCACCCCGCCCCAUUCUCCCGCUUUCCAUCACCCCGCCCCAUUCUCCCUCCUUCCAUCACCCCGCCCCAUUCUCCCUCCUUCCAUCACCCCGCCCCAUUCUCCCGCUUUUCAUCACCCCGCCCCAUUCUCCCUCUUUCCGUCACCCUGCCCCAUUCUCCCGCUUUCCGUCACCCCGCCCCAUUCUCCCACUUUCCAUCACCCCGCCCCAUUCUCCCACUUUCCAUCACCCCGCCCCACUCUCCCGCUUUCCAUCACCCCGCCCCACUCUCCCGCUUUCCAUCACCCCGCCCCAUUCUCCCGCUUUCCAUCACCCCACCCUAUUCUCCCGCUUUCCAUCACCCCGCCCCAUUCUCCCGCUUUCCAUCACCCCGCCCCAUUCUCCCGCUUUCCAUCACCCCGCCCCAUUCUCCCGCUUUCCAUCACCCUGCCCCAUUCUCCCGAUUUCCAUCACCCCGCCCCAUUCUCCCGCUUUCCAUCACCCCGCCCCAUUCUCCCUCUUUCCAUCACCCCAACCCAUUCUCCCGCUUUUCAUCACCCCGCCACAUUCUCCCUCCUUCCAUCACCCCGCCCCAUUCUCCCUCCUUCCAUCACCCUGCCCCAUUCUCCCGCUUUCCAUCACCCCGCCCCAUUCUCCCUCCUUCCAUCACCCCGCCACAUUCUCCCUCCUUCCAUCACCCCGCCCCAUUCUCCCGCUUUCCAUCACCCCGCCGCAUUCUCCUGCUUUCCAUCACCCCGCCCCAUUCUCCCUCCUUCCAUCACCCCGCCCCAUUCUCCCUCCUUCCAUCACCUUGCCCCAUUCUCCCGCUUUCCAUCACCCCGCCCCAUUCUCCUGCUUUCCAUCACCCCGCCCCAUUCUCCCGCUUUCCAUCACCCCGCCCAAUUCUCCCUCCUUCCAUCACCCCGCCCCAUUCUCCCUCCUUCCAUCACCCCGCCCCAUUCUCCCGCUUUCCAUAACCCCGCCCCAUUCUCCCGCUUUCCAUCACCCCGCCCCAUUCUCCCGCUUUCCAUCACCCCACCCUUUUCUCCCGCUUUCCAUCACCCCGCCCCAUUCUCCCGCUUUCCAUCACCCCGCCCCAUUCUCCCGCUUUCCAUCACCCUGCCCCAUUCUCCCGCUUUCCAUCACCCCGCCCCAUUCUCCCGCUUUCCAUCACCCCGCCCCAUUCUCCCGCUUUCCAUCACCCUGCCGCAUUCUCCUGCUUUCCAUCACCCCGCCCCAUUCUCCCUCCUUCCAUCACCCCGCCCCAUUCUCCCUCUUUCCAUCACCUUGCCCCAUUCUCCCGCUUUCCAUCACCCCGCCGCAUUCUCCUGCUUUCCAUCACCCCGCCCCAUUCUCCCUCCUUCCAUCACCCCGCCCCAUUCUCCCUCCUUCCAUCACCUUGCCCCAUUCUCCCGCUUUCCAUCACCCCGCCCCAUUCUCCUGCUUUCCAUCACCCCGCCCCAUUCUCCUGCUUUCCAUCACCCCGCCCAAUUCUCCCUCCUUCCAUCACCCCGCCCUAUUCUCCCUCCUUCCAUCACCCCGCCCCAUUCUCCCGCUUUCCAUAACCCCGCCCCAUUCUCCCGCUUUCCAUCACCCCGCCCCAUUCUCCCGCUUUCCAUCACCCCACCAUUUUCUCCCGCUUUCCAUCACCCCGCCCCAUUCUCCCGCUUUCCAUCACCCCGCCCCAUUCUCCCGCUUUCCAUCACCCUGCCCCAUUCUCCCGCUUUCCAUCACCCCGCCCCAUUCUCCCUCCUUCCAUCACCCCGCCCCAUUCUCCCUCCUUCCAUCACCUUGCCCCAUUCUCCCGCUUUCCAUCACCCCGCCGCAUUCUCCUGCUUUCCAUCACCCCGCCCCAUUCUCCCUCCUUCCAUCACCCCGCCCCAUUCUCCCUCCUUCCAUCACCUUGCCCCAUUCUCCCGCUUUCCAUCACCCCGCCCCAUUCUCCUGCUUUCCAUCACCCCGCCCCGUUCUCCCGCUUUCCAUCACCCCGCCCAAUUCUCCCUCCUUCCAUCACCCCGCCCCAUUCUCCCUCCUUCCAUCACCUUGCCCCAUUCUCCUGCUUUCCAUCACCCCGCCCCAUUCUCCUGCUUUCCAUCACCCCGCCCCAUUCUCCCGCUUUCCAUCACCCUGCCCAAUUCUCCCUCCUUCCAUCACCCCGCCCCAUUCUCCCUCCUUCCAUCACCCCGCCCCAUUCUCCCGCUUUCCACCACCCCGCCCCAUUCUCCUGCUUUGCAUCACCCCGCCCCAUUCUCCCGCCUUUCAUCACCCCGCCCCAUUCUCCCUCCUUCCAUCACCCUGCCCCCUUCUCCCUCCUUCCAUCGCCCCGCCCCAUUCUCCCGCUUUCCAUCACCCCGCCCCAUUCUCCCGCUUUCCAUCACCCCGCCCCAUUCUGCCUCCUUCCAUCACCCCGCCCCAUUCUCCCUCCUUCCAUCACCCCGCCCCAUUCCCCCGCUUUUUAUCACCCCGCCCCAUUCUCCCUCUUUCCGUCACCCUGCCCCAUUCUCCCGCUUUCCGUCACCCCGCCCCAUUCUCCCACUUUCCAUCACCCCGCCCCAUUCUCCCGCUUUCCAUCACCCCACCCCAUUCUCCCGCUUUCCAUCACCCUGCCCCAUUCUCCCGCUUUCCAUCACCCCGCCCCAUUCUCCCGCUUUCCAUCACCCCGCCCCAUUCUCCCGCUUUCCAUCACCCCGCCGCAUUCUCCUGCUUUCCAUCACCCCGCCCCAUUCUCCCUCCUUCCAUCACCCCGCCCCAUUCUCCCUCCUUCCAUCACCUUGCCCCAUUCUCCCGCUUUCCAUCACCCCGCCGCAUUCUCCUGCUUUCCAUCACCCCGCCCCAUUUUCCCUCCUUCCAUCACCCCGCCCCAUUCUCCCUCCUUCCAUCACCUUGCCCCAUUCUCCCGCUUUCCAUCACCCCGCCCCAUUCUCCUGCUUUCCAUCACCCCGCCCCAUUCUCCCGCUUUCCAUCACCCCGCCCCAUUCUCCUGCUUUCCAUCACCCCGCCCCAUUCUCCCACUUUCCAUCACCCCGCCCAAUUCUCCCUCCUUCCAUCACCCCGCCCCAUUCUCCCUCCUUCCAUCACCCCGCCCCAUUCUCCCGCUUUCCACCACCCCGCCCCAUUCUCCUGCUUUGCAUCACCCCGCCCCAUUCUCCCGCCUUUCAUCACCCCGCCCCAUUCUCCCUCCUUCCAUCACCCGGCCCCCUUCUCCCUCCUUCCAUCGCCCCGCCCCAUUCUCCCGCUUUCCAUCACCCCGCCCCAUUCUCCCGCUUUCCAUCACCCCGCCCCAUUCUGCCUCCUUCCAUCACCCCGCCCCAUUCUCCCUCCUUCCAUCACCCCGCCCCAUUCCCCCGCUUUCUAUCACCCCGCCCCAUUCUCCCGCUUUCCGUCACCCCGCCCCAUUCUCCCACUUUCCAUCACCCCGCCCCAUUCUCCCGCUUUCCAUCACCCCGCCACAUAUUCCCGCUUUCCAUCACCCCGCCCCACUCUCCCGCUUUCCAUCACCCCGCCCCAUUCUCCCGCUUUCCAUCACCCCACCCUAUUCUCCCGCUUUCCAUCACCCCGCCCCAUUCUCCCGCUUUCCAUCACCCCGCCCCAUUCUCCCGCUUUCCAUCACCCUGCCCCAUUCUCCCGCUUUCCAUCACCCCGCCCCAUUCUCCCGCUUUCCAUCACCCCGCCCCAUUCUCCCGCUUUCCAUCACCCCGCCCCAUUCUCCCUCCUUCCAUCACCCCGCCCCAUUCUCCCUCCUUCCAUCACCCCGCCCCAUUCUCCCGCUUUCCAUCACCCCGCCGCAUUCUCCUGCUUUCCAUCACCCCGCCCCAUUCUCCCUCCUUCCAUCACCCCGCCCCAUUCUCCCUCCUUCCAUCACCUUGCCCCAUUCUCCCGCUUUCCAUCACCCCGCCCCAUUCUCCUGCUUUCCAUCACCCCGCCCCAUUCUCCCGCUUUCCAUCACCCCGCCCAAUUCUCCCUCCUUCCAUCACCCCGCCCCAUUCUCCCUCCUUCCAUCACCCUGCCCCAUUCUCCCGCUUUCCAUAACCCCGCCCCAUUCUCCCGCUUUCCAUCACCCCGCCCCAUUCUCCCGCUUUCCAUCACCCCGCCCCAUUCUCCUGCUUUGCAUCACCCCGCCCCAUUCUCCCGCCUUUCAUCACCCCGCCCCAUUCUCCCUCCUUCCAUCACCCUGCCCCCUUCUCCCUCCUUCCAUCGCCCCGCCCCAUUCUCCCGCUUUCCAUCACCCCGCCCCAUUCUCCCGCUUUCCAUCACACCGCCCCAUUCUGCCUCCUUCCAUCACCCCGCCCCAUUCUCCCUCCUUCCAUCACCCCGCCCCAUUCCCCCGCUUUUUAUCACCCCGCCCCAUUCUCCCUCUUUCCGUCACCCUGCCCCAUUCUCCCGCUUUCCGUCACCCCGCCCCAUUCUCCCGCUUUCCAUCACCCCGCCCCAUUCUCCCGCUUUCCAUCACCCCGCCACAUAUUCCCGCUUUCCAUCACCCCGCCCCACUCUCCCGCUUUCCAUCACCCCGCCCCAUUCUCCCGCUUUCCAUCACCCCACCCUAUUCUCCCGCUUUCCAUCACCCCGCCCCAUUCUCCCGCUUUCCAUCACCCUGCCCCAUUCUCCCGCUUUCCAUCACCCCGCCCCAUUCUCCCGCUUUCCAUCACCCCGCCCCAUUCUCCCGCUUUCCAUCACCCCGCCCCAUUCUCCCUCCUUCCAUCACCCCGCCCCAUUCUCCCUCCUUCAAUCACCCUGCCCCAUUCUCCCUCCUUACAUCACCCCGCCCCAUUCUCCCGCUUUCCAUCACCCCGCCCCAUUCUCCCGCUUUCCAUCGCGCCGCCCCAUUCUCCCUCCUUCCAUCACCCUGCCCCAUUCUCCCUCCUUCCAUCACCCCGCUCCAUUCUCCCGCUUUCCAUCACCCCGCCCCAUUCUCCCGCUUUCCAUCACCCCGCCCCAUUCUCCCGCUUUUCAUCACCCCGCCCCAUUCUCCCGCUUUCCAUCACCCCGCUCCAUUCUCCCUCCUUCCAUAACCCUGCUCCAUUCUCCCUCCUUCCAUCACCCCGCUCCAUUCUCCCGCUUUCCAUCACUCCGCCCCAUUCUCCCGCUUUCCAUCACCCCGCCCCAUUCUCCCGCUUUUCAUCACCCCGCCCCAUUCUCCCGCUUUCCAUCACCCCGCUCCAUUCUCCCUCCUUCCAUAACCCUGCUCCAUUCUCCCUCCUUCCAUAACCCUGCUCCAUUCUCCCUCCUUCCAUCACCCCGCCUCAUUCUCCCUCCUUCCAUCACCCCGCCCCAUUCCCCCUCCUUCCAUCACCCCGCCCCAUUCUCCCGCUUUCCAUAA